UAUUUAAGUAGGCUAAUUUCAUCGGAAAAAUUUAUGCCUAUAUAUAUUUCGCUCCUUCCCUAAUCCUCGUACCUAUUCCUGUGUUGCUGUUAAAUCUGAUAAAUUUUUGAAACAAAGAUGGGAAACGGUGAGAAAGGUCGACCCAGUAAAAAGAUCAAGCUUUCCAAGGAGGAUUAUAGGGCUUCCGCUGCUGAAGACGAGGCUUCUCAUUUCCCUGACGACGAUGAUAUUCGUGAUGCCGAAGGGAAAAAGAGGGAUUUUUCAAAACUGGAACUUAAACCUGACCAUGCCAAUCGUCCGCUGUGGGCUUGUGCUGAUGGUCGGAUUUUCCUUGAAACUUUCUCCCCGCUGUACAAACAAGCCUAUGACUUCCUCAUUGCCAUUGCUGAACCCGUUUGCAGGCCGGAGUCAAUGCAUGAGUACAAUUUGACGCCACACUCUCUAUAUGCCGCUGUGUCUGUGGGACUUGAAACAGAAACAAUAAUAUCUGUUUUGAAUAAAUUGUCAAAGACAAAGCUUCCUAAAGAUAUGAUUGAUUUCAUACAUAGUUCAACUGCCAAUUAUGGCAAAGUGAAACUUGUGCUGAAGAAGAAUCGAUACUUAAUAGAAUCCCCAUUUCCCGAGGUGUUAAGAAGGUUGCUCCAAGAUGAAGUCAUAGCACGGGCAAGAAUAUCAUCUGAGGGGGUGCAUGGAAGUGAUGGUUUUACGGUUGGAAAAUCAGCAGGUGAAAUAGUUGGCGGACAUGAGCUGCUAAAUGAAGAAGAAUUGGCUGCUGCAGCUGAAGAGAAAGAAAUUCAUUCAUUUGAAAUUGACCCUGCACAG